AUGGCGCAAUUGGAAGAUCCGAAGGAACGUGCCGGGAAAGUAGGCGAGAGCCAGCAUGGACAACAUCAUAAUACUGCGUUCAUCCAUAAGUUGUAUAGCAUGCUGGAGGAUGAUAAUAUGAAAGAUCUAAUUUGGUGGUCCGCAUCGCAGAACUCAUUCCUCAUCAAACCCAACGAGAAGUUCUCCAAGGCACUGGCAACCUUCUUUAAACACACCAACGUAGCCUCGUUUGUGCGCCAACUGAACAUGUACGGGUUCCACAAGGUGAGUGACCACAAGCCAAGUUCUGCCAAGGGCACGUCCCAGGACGAAGAUGAGGCAAUCAACCUGUGGGAGUUUCGGCACAGCAUGGGCUGUUUCCGAAAAGGCGACAAGGAAUCUUUGAAAUCCAUUAAGCGACGGUCGUCGAAGAACCAGGUUCUGCUCUCGAGAAACAACUCUGCUCAAAGUUUGGCAUCCCAGUACAACUCUCAGCAAGACCUGGGACCUGGCGGCAGUUCGAUUGCGGGCCACGUGCACCCUAUUGAGCCAGCGGACAAGUAUUAUAGUACUACAGUCUACCAGCCCCCUUAUACAGAUGCUCCACCGCUGCACUCACAGAGCCAGAUACAGGCGUAUCCAGACAUGCGUUUCCCCCAAGAACAAAAGCCACAUACCUCGAGCGUGAUCACACUCCCACAUCUGCCGAAUAGUGCAAUUGAAGAUCUACGUGCCACAAACCUCGACAUGAUGAAGCUACUUGAUCUUGUACAGAAGGCGAUGCAUAUUUCGUCGCCCCCAUCGGCUAAUGAACUUGGCGGCUCGGUAUGUUCGACAUCAGGAGGAAGUGGCCUAUCAUCGAACCAGCUAGGCAGUGCUAGUGGAAGUGCUAAUGAUGUUACAUCUCCUUCUAGUUUUGCGCGUUCUCCUACUGGUACCCGUGAGCGCACUUUGGAAUACCUUCACCAGGAGAUUGCGGCAUUUAGGACCACAAUACUGAUGAAAUUGCAAAGGCAUGCGGAACUCCAGCUUCAUAUGCUCCCGCCAACGCCCUCACAGCGGCAUUCCCAUCCCCAGAAUUCUUAUGCUGUUUCUGCACCACCCUCAACGGGCACAAAUUUUCUGCCCUACAACGGCUCUGGGUCUAUCGGAAUGCCCACCGGCUACGACGCGUACCCUACUAACAAACCAGCACUGGCUAUUCCUGGUGCUAUAUCUCAUGGCUUCCAUGGGUCCCCGUACUUAAUGUUGGAUCCAUACGCUAAGGGUUCCUCUUCGUCUAUUUCAAGGAAACGGCAUAUGAGCGUCUUGGUGGAUCCCUUGGCACCUGCACCGAUGUCCGCGCCAGCAGCAAUGCAGGUACCAUCUUUAGCCCAGCCAACCUCUACUAGUUCCUCCCCAGUACACGCCCCUGAAGGAAAUAUGCCACACGCCAAUGCGGCUGGAGCUAAUUCACCCUUUCACGCAUCAUGUCCCGUAUCUCGGAUCGACUCUCGGCAGGAUUUGCAUCAUCAUCAAACUUCAAAUCCGUCAGCUUCCGAAGACAAAAGGCCUUUCUCUCCAUCUCGUAAAGACUCUCCCCCGUCGCAGCUCUUGCCGCUGUUGACCACUAACGCGAGAGGGAGCGGUGACGGAAACAGCCUUCUUCUUGCUCCUCAGAGCCCUGCAACUCUACCGCCAACAGCUUCUCAACACAGACUACCAGCCCCCACACCUCAGAACAACGCCGGUCGUGGACCAGCACAGGUUUCAAUCACAUAUAAGCCAUAUUUUCCAUAUGGCACUAUCCCGCCCCAACCAGUCCUGUCUUCUCAGUAUAUUCUGCCACUUUUUCAGUCUGGUUCAGGUUCUUUUACAUCAGGUAGUUCGGUCACCGCUGCACAUGCUCCACUGCGUUCCACUACAGCGAUCCCUGAAACCUCCAGUUGUAACAACAGUGAAAUCCCUUCAUUCCCUAAACCGACAACAGAUGAGCAACAGGCACCAGCGACAGUUAAUCAAAGCGCGACUAACUCUCACAGGCAAUCUAUUGUCAACCAGGAUACCUGUUCCAGCCCUGCGACCAGCAAAAGCAGAGGUUUGUACGCACUCUUAAAUCACGAUACUUAA